GCUUUCACCGCGGAGAAAUAAAAGGCAGAGAGGAGGAGGAGGAGGAGGAGGAGGAGGGGUGGGGGGAGAGCAGCGAGAAAAACAACCGCCGCCAGAAGAAAAGAGGGUUGUGGGGGGAGAUGUCAAACGUACGCAUUUCUAAUGGGAGCCCUACCCUGGAGCGCAUGGAGGCCAGGCAGUCGGAGUACCCGAAGCCUUCAGCUUGCAGGAACCUCUUCGGGCCGGUGAACCACGAAGAGUUAAACAGGGACUUGAAGAAGCACUGCAAGGAGAUGGAGGAGGCAUGCCAGAGGAAGUGGAAUUUCGAUUUCCAGAAUCACAAGCCCCUGGAAGGCAGGUACGAGUGGCAAGCCGUGGAGAAGGGGAGCUCGCCCGACUUCUACUUCAGGCCCCCGAGGCUACUCAAAGCCGUCUGCAAGUCCGCCGGCCACCAGAGCUUGGAUGUAAACGGGAAUUGCCAGACCGUGAUUUUUGUUGGUUCUCAGGGAAUCUCAGAGGACACUCACUGUGUAGAUCAAAAGACUGAUGUUUCUGAAAAUCAGACGGACUUUGCAGAGCAGUGCACUGGGCAGAGGAAAAGACCUGCCACUGACGAUUCCUCUCCUCAAAAUAAAAGAGCCAACACAACAGAAGAAGAGGUUUCAGAAGACUCCCCCAGUGCAAGUUCAGUGGAGCAAACACCCAAGAAAUCAAGCCCAAGAAGACAUCAAACGUAAACCGUUUAGAGUUCGGAAUGUGCGUUUCCUUGUUCAUCGGAUGCCUCGGGGGUCUGUGAAGCGAGGAAAGUGUAAACUUGUAGUAAAAAUGAAAAUACAUAUCGUCGAUCUCCAUGGGAUGGAGAUCCUGUACAAGCACUGAAAAACAACAACGACAAAAAAAAAAAAAGCAAACAAUAACACUAAAAUUUUAGGCACUCUUAAAAGACCUGCCUCUAAAAGCAUUGGAUGUAGCAUUGUGCAAUUAGGUGUUUCCUUAUUUGCUUCAUUGUACUACCUGUGUAUAUAGUUUUUACCUUAUGUAGCACAUAAACCUUUUUGGGAGAGGGGGGAGGGCGUGGAAGAGGGUGACGGAUCAAAACUUGCUUUCACAAUCUAGCAAGCAGAGAAACCUAUGAAGAAAAGCAGUGUAGGUUUUUUAUUACUUAAAGAUGUAUUGUCCUUUUAAGUGGGUCCACCAUGUUUUUCGUUAUUUUUUCCCCUCUUUUUUAUGCACCACCAUGCUAACACUGGUUAUAGCAGAUUAUUAAGAGGCUGCUUGUGAAAUUUCUACUUACUACAUUAAGCUGAAGAGCUGGGAGCUGUGAUGAUUCCGUUAUGUAAUAGCAAAAGGUUUUGUUCCCCCCUGCCGCCGACCUCGAAUCCCUAUAGUGAAUUUGAAUGCUGGUAAAAGUUUUAUAAAUUCAUCCUAUCAUUACAUUGCCUGAUUUUUUUUUUUUGUUUAAACUAAUCUGGAGGGCUUCUGCCCCGAAUCUUGAAUAUUGUUGUUUCCUGAGCUGACCCACUUCCCGAUGUGUUUGUAUGUGCGUGGAAAAGGAUACUACAUCUUUAAACAGUAUUUCUACAUUGCCUGUGUACCUGUAUGUAAAAAUAAAAAAAAAGUUUGAAGUGUACCUGUGUACAUAACUCUGUAAAGACACUGAGAAAUUAUACUAACUUAUUUAUGUUAAAAGAUUUUUUUUUUAAUCUAGAAGAGGAUAUUUUCCCCAUAAAGCCAAAGUGGCAUGUUUUUGUGCAUUUGUAAAUGCUCUUAUUUGGUAGACUUUUUAGGGAUUUUUUUUGUUUUUUUUUCCUUUUUCUGAUAAUUAAUAUGGCUGUGCUUAAAGGAUUGCAGACUGAGCCAAUUUAAUAUUUUUUUGUAAUGUGUGGGAAAAAAAAUUCCAGAUUGAUACUGUUUCACAUCAAGCAAUCAAUAAAGAAAACUGCCAUAUAUAAUAAA